AAAAAAAACAACUAGUGAUUGCUGUUUGUCCUGAAAUUCACGCACCGCUUCCAACAAAUCCAUCCCCGAGGUUGAGAAUUCGAAACUUCCCUUAGACCCACCCAGUGAGAUAGUCUCUCAUAGACCGGUCACUAUCUAAAAUAUCACACAGUACAAAUAAUAAAGAAUGGCCUCAACUGCGUCCGCAAAAACGAUGGCGACGGGAUUGGUUCUCGCCCAGGUCUUGUUGUCGACAAUGUUGCCCGCGGUCGAUUCCUUUGUUCCUUCGACGACGUCGUUUUCUGAUCGGAUACAUGUAUUAGACAACGAUUUUUCCAUCCGUACCAAUGAAAAUAAACCAAUCAACUACAACAGCUGUUUCCAUAGCAGAAUCCAGAAGUCUUCAACAACGGAAACCACACUAAAGGCCAUCAACGCCGAAGAAACAUCGUCGUCGUCAAUACCGCCCCAAACCGAAGAAGAGAAAGAACGAUUGGAAAAAAUCUGCAGUGGCCUGAAUGCUGCCUUUGAGGCAUCUCGGAAGGACCUGACCAGAACCUGCAACGUCAAGGUAGGCGUGUCCCCCAAUGUUGACAGCUACGGCGAACCCGUGGGGUCCAACAUGCGGUUGGGUUGGAUUGCCACCAAGGACGUCAACAAGGGAGACAUUCUCAUGAACAUGCCGUACGACGAACAAUGGGAGAUCACCCCCAAGACGGCCCGCAAGACCGUCUUCUCUGGAAUUCUAGACGACGCCUACGAGGGAUGGACGGGUGAGACCGGCCUCUUGGCCCUCCAGCUCCUGAACGAGGUCGCCCGCAGCGCCUCCACCGGCGGCGUACAAAAGCCGGUCCGGGGCCCUCCGAUCCAGGCCUUUUUGAACGAGUGGAUCAAUGCCCUUCCCACGCCCACCGAGCUCGAAACACAGCACCCUAUCUUUUGGUCCGAGGAAGACCAAGAGAUUCUACAGCAGUCGAGCAAUACCAAGAUUUAUCGAAUCCUGGACGACAUCGAAGAGGACGCCAACUGGUUGGUCACGAACAUCUUUGAAAAAGACCGGGCCACCUUCCCAGAAACAGUAGAGAUCCAAUCGGGCGAGACCGUUCCUUGCUUCAGUGUCGAAGGGUACAAAUGGGCCAUGGCCCUGACGAACUCGCGGGCCUUCUUUGUCGACGGAACCAUUCGGCUGCUGCCCUUCAUGGACAUGUGCAACCACGACGACGAAGCCAAGGAACUCCAGGGGGGGUUCAUGGGCACCUUUGGAACCACCAAGGGAGCCGAGGUGCUGUCCACCCGCAGGUACCGGGCCGGGGAGGAAGUCUUUUUGUCGCUCGGCCCCAAGAGCGCCGCGGAUUAUCUGCUGGAGCACGGAUUUUGCCCCGAGGAUUGCCUCAAGACGGCCGUCAGCGAGAUCACCCUGGAACUCGAUCCCGAGGACCGCUUCUACGACGACAAGAUCGACAUCCUGGAGUUCGAGACCUACGACCAGGCUCCCAUGGAUCCCUCCCAAUCCUUCGAUGUCGUUUCAGCCCCGGGACGGGACGGAGAACCGGACCCGGCCCUGAUGCAGUUCGCCCGGUUGAAGGAGCUGAACAACAUGGAUGCCUUUUUGCUCGAGAGCAUCUUCCGCAAGGAGGUCUGGGGGUUCAUGGCCUACCCCGUCAGCGAGAAAAACGAGUUUGCGGUGGUCGAGAGCAUUGCGCAGCUCUGCGAGACCGCCAUGGAAGACAUGAAGUCCUGCCCGGAACCGGAGCAGGAAGGGCCAAACUCGGAGGUCUGUGCCAAGCUGCGGGCGUCCGAGACCAGGGCGCUCCGGAGGACUCUGGAGUACAUGCUUCGCGAUAAGGAAGCCCUGGACCUCAAGGAAUACUACCAGGAACGCCGAUUGAAGGACCUGGGACUGGAUUCCGAGUGGUCGCCCGAGGACGACAUUGGCGAUCCCGACCUCAACUGGGGGCAGACACGGUCGCCCGGCGGGGCCGAUUUCGAUUGGUAAACCAACCGCCUUACCAACCAACGACCUCGUGUAGCGGCUCUGCCCUGCAUUACGAUGCAAAGUCGAAACAAUCGGGUAAAAUAGAAUUCAAGCAACAAGCUUACGAAAUAAAGAAAUAGUGUAAAU